GGGAAAUUUGUGUAUUUACUUAACUCAACCUGGUGAUUGGAUAAUGGCACAUGCCGGAAACUGAUUUUUACAAAAUACUCUAAACUCGAAACUUUUUUGUGCGAGAAACUAAAAAACUAAAAUGUCUUCAAUAAUUGUCGCAAGAGUAUUAGCGCCAGCUGUGGGCCGCAGCCUUAAAUCUGUAUUAUCCAAAACAACAGUACGUAACUGUCGCAAUUACGCAAAACUAAUACAAGCUGCUGUCCCAUGUUACAACCAGCGACGUUUCUAUGCCGAAAAAAAGGUGUUCGAACGUACUAAACCUCACUGUAACGUCGGUACCAUCGGGCACGUAGAUCACGGCAAAACAACCUUAACUGCCGCAAUUACCAAGGUUUUGGCCGAUCAGAAAUUGGCCGAAGCUAAAAAAUAUCAGGAUAUUGACAAUGCACCUGAGGAAAAGGCCCGAGGUAUCACCAUCAAUGUUGCUCAUAUUGAGUACCAGACAGAAAACAGACAUUAUGGACACACCGAUUGUCCUGGCCAUGCGGAUUACAUUAAGAACAUGAUAACAGGGGCUGCCCAAAUGGAUGGUGCGAUCAUGGUCGUAGCUGCCACUGAUGGUGUCAUGCCCCAAACCAGAGAACAUUUACUACUUGCCAAGCAAAUUGGUGUUAAACACAUUGUGGUGUUCAUCAACAAAGUUGACGCAGCUGAUAAAGAGAUGGUUGAGCUUGUAGAAAUGGAAAUUAGGGAAUUACUAACAGAAAUGGGUUUCGAUGGUGACAACAUCCCAAUUAUCGCUGGAUCUGCAUUGUGUGCCUUAGAGGACAAAAAUCCUGAAAUUGGAUCUGAAGCAAUCUUAAGGUUGUUAAAGGAAGUUGAUACAUACAUUCCAACUCCAGAAAGGGAAUUAGACAAACCAUUUUUGUUGCCUGUUGAGCACACCUAUUCAAUUCCUGGACGUGGUACUGUAGUCACUGGAAGGUUAGAGAGGGGAAUUGUAAAGAAGGGACAGGAAUGUGAGUUUGUGGGGUACAAUAAAGUUAUCAAGAGCACUGUGACUGGAAUUGAGAUGUUCCACCAGAUUUUGGAGGAGGCUCAGGCUGGUGAUCAAUUGGGAGCUUUGGUUAGAGGUAUCAAGAGGGAUGACAUAAAAAGAGGAAUGGUUAUGGCAAAACCAGGAACAGUGAAAAGUUAUGACAACAUUGAAACCCAAGUAUACAUUUUGAGUAAAGAUGAGGGAGGUAGAUCAAAACCUUUCACUUCCUUUAUUCAAUUACAAAUGUUCUGUAGGACAUGGGAUUGUGCAGUUCAAGUAGUUGUUCCUGAUAAAGAAAUGGUUAUGCCAGGCGAAGAUUCAAAGUUGAUUUUAAGAAUGAUGAGACCAAUGGUUUUGGAACAGGGACAAAGAUUCACAUUAAGAGAUGGCUCCCAAACACUGGGAACUGGAGUUGUGACGAAAGUUCUUCCCGCUUUAACUGAAGACGAAAAAUUAGCCUUGACUGAAGGCAAAAAGGCUAGAGAAAAGAAAGCGCAAGGCGCCAAGUAAAUAACAAGCAUUUAUAGAUUUAGUUUUUUAUGGAUGAUUAUGUAAUUCUUUUUGUUAAGUGAGUGAUCUAACAGAAUUAUAUCAAUUCUGUUUCAAUAAAUAAGCUUUAAAGUGUAAGUCAUAAAGUCAGGAAGAAUUGUGAAGAUUUUGUAUGUUACCUUUUUUGUUGAGGUUUAUUAAAUAAAUGAAAGAUGU